AUGUCCUCAAAAGAUCCACGCUCUUCGUCUACCCAGUCCCUCGUUCCAGACCCCGCCCUCGAAGACUCUGGCCGCCGCCGCCUACUCCUCAUCUACAUCCAUGGCUUCAUGGGCGAUGAAACAAGUUUUAGAAGCUUCCCUGCCCACGUCCAUAAUCUUGUCACCGUCACUCUCGCAGACUCCCACGUAGUACAUACAAAAGUAUACCCCCGCUACAAGUCACGGGACUCGCUGCAAGUCGCCAGAGACAACUUUUCAGCUUGGCUCGCCCCUCAUGAAGACCCCUGGACCGACAUCAUCCUGGUCGGUCACUCCAUGGGCGGUUUGCUUGCCGCAGACAUUGCUUUAGCCUUUCGUCAUCGCAUCAUUGGAGUCGUAAACUUUGAUGUCCCCUUUCUAGGCAUGCACCCUGGCAUUAUCAAGGCUGGCCUAGGCAGCCUUUUCAACGCACCCCCACCCCCACAAGAUGCUAUUAUCGAGAACUCCAGUCCGGGACAGAGGCCUAGUCGAAUCAACACACUCUUCAACCCCAAGCCAAAUGAUCCAAAUUACAACCCCAGUUUCGCUAACGAUAUUCACCUACCAAACAGAAAAGGCUGGGAAAAUAGUUUACACUGGCUCACCAAGCACUACAAGGACGGCCUGGCCGAGGCUACCAAAGGACUCGUAAAAUCCCAUCUUGAAUUCGGGGGUGCCAUGGCGGAUUACAAAGAAUUAAAAGAAAGAUAUGCGAGGAUACGGGCGCUGGAAGAAGACGACGAGGCCAAGAGGAAGAACAGUCAUCCUAUGAUGCCCUCGGUACCCCGCGUGCGCUUCAUCAACUACUACACAGUAAGCACGGGAAGGGCCAAGAAGCAAAGUUCUUCAUGUGCCCAGCGUCCAAAGUCGCCCGAGCCUUCGCAUCCAUCGAGCCUUCAGUUUCAUCAUCAAGAUAGCGGAACGAGUCUCUCACACUACACCUCGACACCUGCCAACCAGCAGAAGAGUACUAGAAGCCCUUCAGUAACAUCGUCUGACCCAGAACUGGCUCACGUACACCCGGACCCUAUAGCAAGUUCACCCCCGGCAUCUAUCGGGGGUCAAGAAGAUGGACAAGCCCUGGAGCUCAAUCACUCAGAUGCCCCCAAAAACGGCCCGCCUGAUCUUCCUGAAAUACCACCCAUCCCCCAGGAGCCUCCAUUUGUUGACUUGGUACGAUUCAACGACAAGACCCAGCGCAAAGCCGCAGAAAAGGAGUACGAACAGGCGCUCAAGGAAUACCAAAGAGCUGUAAAAGCGCGCAACAAGAUCAUCAACGAGCGCACUAAGCUUGAGGAAAAGUGGGAAAAAGAGCAGCAAAAGGCGGAGAAGAAGCGGCAGCAAGAACAAGAGAAAAGGUACAGGGAGCAAGAAAAGGCCGAGCAAAAGAAGCAUGAAGAAGAGCAAAACAUGUCAAGGGAGGAGAGGCAGAGACAGAAGGAAAGAGAGCAAAGGCAAGCUGAGGCUGAGCAGAGAGAAAAGGAGGCGAGACAAAGACAGAGAGAAGCAGAUUUGCGCCAGGGAAUAACACCUGCGCCAGAAACACCAGAGGCUGUUCCUGCGAUUAUAGGGAUUGAGGAAGAUGUCAGUGCCUUGCACCUGGACCAACCCGGUCCGCAGCGAGGCCCGUAUGGUCACUAUGAAUUUUCCACUAGUCGCAUCAUGAACCAGGCUCCGCCAGACAGUCGUAACGAAUCGAUGUAUACCCUCUCUACAACCGACAGUCACGACAGUCACCCGCCACGCACGGAUUCAGACGCAAGUGUCCCAGCCAAACCUAAGAAGCUAAAGAAAUUUUGCAUGUUGCCGCCAAAAGACUCGGACGGCAACAAGGAUCCUACCUGGGUUCCUGUCUUCAUGGAGAAUAUGGACGAAGUCACGGCACACACGUCUCUCUUCUUCCUCAACGAGACGUAUGAGCGGCUUGUUGGUGAAGCAGGUGCGAGAAUCGAAGAGUGGGUGCGAGAAGCCGAUACUAUGCGUUUGAUACAGGAUCUGCAGUAUCAGGGGAAAUCGUAG